UGAUGAGGAACUGGUUUAAAAGAAAAAUGAAGAAAAGCACAGAGAAGACGGAUAGUACUAUAGCAAAAAGAUGGAUGAUUCUUAGUGGGAAGAACAACUGGGAAGGCCUUAUGGAUCCUUUAGACUACGAUCUACGUCGAUAUAUCAUUCACUACGGAGAAAUGGCUCAAGCAAGUUAUGACAACUUCAAUUCUAACAAGGCUUCCAAAAAUGCAGGGAAUAAUCGAUAUUCCAAGAAUAAUCUCUUCACAAAAGUAGGGCUCGACAAAGAUCACAAUCCCUUCAAGUAUCGCGUAACAAAAUAUUUGUACGCAACAUCUUCAAUUCAGGUACCUGAAGCGUUUAUCGUAAAAUCAUUGUCAAGGGAGUCAUGGAGCAAGGAAUCAAAUUGGAUAGGUUUUAUUGCGGUGGGUACAGAUGAGGGAAAAAUAGCAUUAGGAAGAAGAGAAAUUCUUAUUUCUUGGAGAGGAACUGUUCAAACUUUGGAUUGGGUAAAUGAUCUUGAUUUUUUUCAAGUUUCAGCACCCGAAAUCUUUAGAGGUAACACUGACCCUCAAAUACAUCGAGGCUGGUACUCUAUUUAUACUUCAGAUGAUCCACGAUCACCCUUCAAUAACACAAGUGUCAGAGACCAGGUGGUUGAGGAAGUAAAGAGAUUGGUAGAAGAAUACAAAAGUGAAAAAAUGAGCAUAACAAUAACAGGUCAUAGCAUGGGGGCAGCAGUUGGAACGCUUAACGCAAUUGACAUAGUUGUGAAUGGAUUCAACAAAGGAUGUCUAGUGACAGCGAUUUUAUUUGCAAGUCCACGAGUGGGAGAUUCAAGUUUCGUGAAUGCAUUUUCUAAGCUAGAAAAUCUUAGAAUUUUACGCGUUACAAAUUGCCUUGACAUAAUUCCAAAUUAUCCCUUGAUAGACUACUCAGAAAUCGGAGUUGAACUAGCUAUUGAUACAACAAAAUCGAAGUAUUUAAAAGUACCUGGAGAUAUAAGAAGCUGGCAUAGCUUAGAAGCUCACAUGCAUGGAGUUGCUGGAUAUCAAGGGGCAAAUGGUGGAUUUAAGCUUGAAGUACGACGCGAUAUUUCACUCGUUAAUAAGCAUUUAAAUGCAUUGAAGGAUGAAUAUUGUGUACCAACUUGUUGGUGGGUUGAGAAGAAUAAUGGAAUGGUACAACAAGAUGAUGGAUCUUGGAAGUUGAUGGAUCAUGAGGAUGAUGAUGAUUCUGUUUAUGCAUAAAUGGACUUUUGUUUGUAUUAAUAAAAAGAUGU